AUGUCAUCGCUGACAAUUACGCGCGUCGAACAACCCUCGCCAAAACUCAUCGAUGACUCCGUUAAUCUAUUCGUCGCCCUCAUGAAGUCUGAUCCCGCAAUCGAGAGUCUCUGCGGGGGAGACGUCAGCCUGGCGGGUCCGAUGGCCAGAGCGAUGCUCAAUGCAGGCGUACUCGCGGGGGAGUACUAUGCAGCGCUCGACGAGAACGGCGAGCUGGCGGGUUUCACGCUCUGGAUGCCACCCGGCCAGGAGAUGUUCAGCACGCAGGAACAACGCGACCUUGGCUUGACGGACUUCAUGGCAAGGCUGCCGCCGGAAGGCAAAGAGUAUUACAAGGACACCUACCUGGCGGAGUUCCCAGGCUUUGUGAGCAGCUGUAUCGGGCCAACGGGUAAGGUGGAUUCGUGGUGGCUUCAUAUGGCGAUGGUCCGGCAAGAAAGACAACAGCAAGGGAUCGCGCGGUCACUUAUUGGGCUUGUUCGGGACAAGGCCAAGGAGAAAGGCGAGACGCUCGCGUGUAGCACAACGACACUGACGAAUGCGAGUGCCGUAAUUGCUCUCGGGUUCGAUCUGAAGGGCGAGCGGAACAUGCCUUCACCGUGGGGAGAUUGGCCGCUCUACGUCUUUGCCCUAGAUACGAAGUCUUCUGAUUGA